AUGGCAGUACGACAUUUUCUUCAUCCUGUUACGCUCUCCAGGGCAGUCAUGGAAAAGUCGAAACAUUGUGUCUUGUGUGCAGAUGGAGCUCUGGCAUUUGCUCGAUCAAUAGACUUCCAAACUAUUCUGGAAAAUCCCGAUGAACUUAAAAUCCCGGAUGCAAAUAACAGGCAAGCUACCUUACCAGACGAGGGAUAUGGUGAUUCAGUGACAGCUGUUGCAUUAGACUCGAAAGGACGUAUGGCGUGUGCCAUUUCGACAGGUGGUACUCCAGACAAACUGAUGGGUCGUGUUGGCGAUGCACCUCUGAUUGGUUGCGGAGGUUACGCAAAUGAACAUGGUGCAGUAACAGCAUGCGGGCACGGAGAAUCCAUAAUAAAAAUGAAUUUAGCAAAAGAGAUUGUUCAUAAUAUUGAAAAGGAACAAAGUGCUCAGGAAGCUGCUGAAAAUGCUGUGAAGAAAGUGAACUCUGAUAGCCGCGUGGGAAGGUUUGUUGGUGUGAUUGCUAUUGACAAAGGAGGGAAUAUCGGGGUAAAAACAAAUGCUGCGGUCAUGCCUUGGGCGUCCAUCAAGGAUAAUAAGAUGAAAUUUGGCUGGCACCAAAAUAUUUUCGAAACAGUUGACAUAUAA